AUGACAACAUUGCCAUCUGCUGCGUCAACUACAUCAACUCUUGCCACCAAUGACAAUCUAAUAAAUCAUUCAAGUUUUGAUGACAACAGUCAACUGAGCGACGAUACAGAUGAUCAUGAUGAUGAACAGUUAUACUCAUUAUCAUCGCCCAAUAAUUAUAUAGCAGCUGCUCAAUCAUCGUCUCAUUUUGAUUCAUACUCGCCCAAACAAGACGAGCAACCAAUCGGGUCUCAGUCAUUCAUCGUCUCAGAUCAGACAAGUGCCUCCGAGCCGAUUCUGUCAAGAUCAUUAGCAUCAUCGUCCGAAUCCGACAGCAAGAUUUCUAUUUCAUACGGAGUCGAUUGGAGUGAUCGUGCUUGCCCCACAUCUCACUGUUGGUUUCCUUUUACAUCCAAUGAUUCCCGAACGGCUCAGCCGUGUGCCUAUGUCUCUUGUACAAAACUGAAGCCGACACGUCAAUCAACACUUCUACAAUGUGCAUCAUGUACUUUGGUCGUACAUGAGCACCAUUUGACAGAUUCACAGGCGACCAAAGCCGAUACUAUUCCACCGUGUCGCCCAUCGUUUGUCGAUAACACAAUGCUGAGAAACUCGCUUCUCGAUGAUGAUGAUGAUAAUCCAUCGAAAUAUGAUGAACACUUUUGGUCUCAUGUGCCCGUACUUCCGAAACCGUGCAUGCAUUGUCAACGAACAUCAAUAGCUACGACCCUUUUUGGCAGCGAAACUGGUCGACCAUCGAUGAUAUCACCUUUAGAUAUUAUCGAUCAAAUCACAUCGAUUAUGAGUUCUACACCAGGAAACUCCAGUCCAAAGAUGUCCAGAACUUCUCAUGGUCUUGUUUGUUUAUGGUGCUCCAAAGGUUAUCAUCAUUCGUGCUGGGAAAAUCUUGCUACUCAAGAUGACAAGAUCAAAUGUGACUAUGGAAUAUUUCGAAAUAUUAUUGUUCGAUCGCAAUGGCUCAGUCGUUCCACCGAAUAUCCAACUGGCUUCAGAGUUCUACUGCCUUCGCAUUUAGCUCAUAGCAAUGCCAAAUCGAACUCUUUUCCGUAUACACCCGUUCUUGUCUUUAUAAACAAACGUUCUGGUGGUCAAAUGGGCGAGAAAAUCUAUCGAGAACUGUUACAAAAGCUCAAUCCACGUCAAGUAUUUCUUCUAGAAAACAAUGCUACCAUCACCCAAGCUCUUGACAUCUAUUCUACGCUACCAAAUAUUCGUAUUUGCGUGUUUGGUGGUGAUGGGACGGUCGGUUGGGUUCUUGGUCGUCUAGCCGAGGCAUAUCCAUUCAGAAAUAAUCCACCGGUGAGUAUUUGCCCUUUAGGAACAGGCAACGAUCUUUCACGUGUAUUGGCUUGGGGCGAACAAUACGAUCCGAAACGUCUUUCUUAUACACUCCUACAAACUCCUCAAGCUAAAGUGGUUGCACUCGAUCGUUGGCAAGUUCAGCUUGAACAAGUCGAUGUGACAAAUUUGACAUCAUCGACACAACAACAUCGCGAGAGUGGCUUUGAAAUUGGUGGAAUAUUUGAACCGUUAAUCAGACAUCCAAAAUUCGUUCGCGAAAGCAAUCGAGCCUCCUAUGAGAACUAUCACAAUUUACCGAAUACACGAUUUAUCAAUUAUAUGAGUUUCGGGUUAGACGCAGCCGUUACUCUCAAUUUUCAUGAUCAACGCACACGUGAUCCAUCGAAAUUUUCGUCACCAUUAAAAAAUAAGCUCAUGUAUUUGAACGAAAGUGGCAAAUAUUUGAAUGAUUUUGUUCUGGCAAAUAUGUGGAAUCUGGGCUCUUAUAUUCGUUUGAUAUGCGACGGCCAAAAUCUGACUCAUAUCAUACGUAAUUGUCAUUCCCUGGUCGUACUCAACAUUCCAGGCUAUGCAUCUGGUACGACUCCGUGGGGAAAAUCUUCAUCAAAAAGUUCAACAAUCGACAAUACCAAUCAAUCGUCGGACCAAGAAACCUUUGAAUCAACCACUCUGAACGAUUGUGCUACAGAACAAACAGCGAGUUCAUUGACGACGACAACAGCCUCAACCGGCCAUUUUGAACGACAAGAUUUUGGUGAUCGAAAAAUCGAAGUUGUUGGAUUGAGUACUAAACGUAUGGCUGCAAUCCAUGUUGGAUUUAGUGGCCGUCGAAUCGCUCAAUGUAAUCGAUUGCGGAUCGAACUUUGCUGUCCAAUGACAGCACAAAUGGAUGGUGAACCGUUCUAUCUGCCGGCUUCGGUAGCUAUCAAUAUUAGUCAUGCUGGCCAAGUACUUGUGUUAAAAAAUGAGAACAAAUAG